AUGAAAACGAUUAUGUGGUUCCAAAACGUCUACUUUUUCGUAACAAUCAAAGAUGAAAUUGAUAAUAAUCAAGCAGAAAAUAUCAAUGACCUAAUCGACAAAGUUUCAAAGGAAGUGAAAAGUUUAGCCGGCAUUUACGUAACCGACACUUGCACCAGCCCCUUUUUCACAGAAGUUAUGAAAGACGACCAAAAAGUUAAACUUUAUUUUACGUACGAUCUCGACCUUGUUAAAAUCUUUAAACAAUGCUACGAAGAAGAGAAGUCAAAAGACUUAAUGGAGUUCAUGCAGUCGAAAGGAUUAACUGACCUCCACACGAACGAUAGAAGAUCUGAUGAUGAAUACAGAAGUAUGGGAUUUACACAAGAGGGAUCUGAAAGAGAAAAGGAAGUCAUGGAUUUAUUGGAAGAAUUUGCCAACACUGACUAUAUUAAGAAUAAAUACGGAGAAGAUGCCUUUGAAUUUAACGUGUUAUCCAAACAACGACAGUAA